AUGGCUGUGGUGACCACUCUGACAAAAGAAUCUUUUUUUUUUUUUUUUUUUUUUUUUUUUGUUCUCUCUUCCUUCUUCUGGGUUUUGCUGAAAUAGUGAAAUUGCCACACGUUUAGUUAAGGGAAAGUCGGCUGUGGACCAGUGAAGGCGGUUUAUAGUUGCUAAAUUCUUGGGUGGUAUUCAAUUUUCAAGAAUUUUCUCCCCUAAUCCACAGUUUAAACUUUUCAAGAAAUCCCCAUAUCUCAAGCCUUUCUGGUAAAAGUGAUUUUCAGUUAUGCAGAAUUUAAGAAAACCUGAUUAUUUCAGGUAUAUGGGAUAUGGCCCUUUUUAGAUGGCCAGGGAAAAGGGGGGAUUUUCUGCAAUUUCAUGUGAUUGUGGUGAGGAGUAGGUUGAAAGCAUUAAGGCUUUGACAAAUUCAUUGGAAGCUUGUGAGUGGGGUUCCUCUUUUUACCCUUUUUUUUCCCUGUCCUUUUUGGUUGAAUUAUGAUGAUUUGUGGAGAAAAAAUGGAGCCUUUGAACCAGAGAUCUCUGGAGAGAGUUGUUUCCCAGAGAGCUCUUCAAAUGGGGAGUUCAUUCCCCUGUCAAAUUUGCGUGGUUGGUUUCCUCUCUGGGAUUUGCCUUACCUCAUUGUUCAUGGCUGCUCUCACCUCCUUUGGUGCCUUUGAGUUUGGUGCAAUCUCGUUUUCGCCCGGUUUUCUCGCCUCAAAUUCAACCUCCAGACUCAUAGCUGGUGUUUCCAGUGGUGACUGUGAUUUUGUACAGAACGAAACACGGGUUUGGAUUCAUUCACGAGAAACGAUCAUUGUUAGCGAGGAGGAUGAAAGAGUGUCGUCUUUGUACUCAGAAUGGAGUGAUUUACUGCAUCAGUCGACUAGUGAAGAUGGGUUAUCGCCAGGCAAAAGUAUCCCGAAAGCCCCUCACCUCGAGAACUGCAAGCUGAGCGCCAGAAUAUAUGAACGUCUUGAUAGUCGGGCUGAGAACGAAAGCUUCCCGCCAUGGACUAUUUGGAAGGGAAUGUUGGAUAGCCUGCCAUUGUCAACACCCGAGGAGCAGCAGCUAUGGUAUUAUAGACACAACGCGAUUUCUCAAGGAGCUUAUCCUCCCUGGAUAAAAGGCUCGGAUGAAGAGAACUACCCCUUGACGAGGAAAGUGCAGCGCGACAUUUGGGUCCACCAGCAUCCUUUGAACUGUCGGGAUCAAAGGGUGAAGUUUUUGGUAGCCGAUUGGGAGAGGCUCCCGGGGUUUGGCAUGGGAGCCCAGUUUGCAGGGAUGUGCGGGCUUCUUGCUAUUGCAAUUAACGAGAAAAGGGUACUCGUUACAAACUACUACAACCGGGCUGACCAUGAUGGUUGCAAAGGCUCAUCGCGUUCUAGUUGGUCCUGCUACUUCUUUCCCGAAACAUCACAAGAAUGCAGGGAACGUGCUUUUGAGCUUAUGAAACAGAAAGAAGCGUGGGAUAAAGGAAUCGUAACAGUGAAAGAAAAUUAUACCUCGAAAGAGAUAUGGGCAGGGCGGGUUCCGAGGGUAUGGGGCAGUCCUUGGAGUUACCUUCAGCCCACCACAGAGGUAAACGGGACCCUAAUUUCUUAUCACCGGAAAAUGGACCGGAGAUGGUGGAGGGCUCAGGCAGUGCGGUAUCUGAUGAGGUUUCAGACAGAGUACACAUGCAGCUUACUGAACAUUGCAAGGCAUUCAGCGUUCGGACAGGAAGCAGCAAAAAUGGUUCUUGAAACGCCAAUCAACGAUUCUCCAGAGGCGAAACAUGACAUAGAAAAAUUCGUAUGGUCAAGUCAUAAACCAUGGAUCCCGAGGCCAUUGCUCAUCAUGCACGUUAGAAUGGGAGACAAGGCGUGUGAAAUGAAGGUGGUUGGGUUUGAAGAGUACAUGCAACUUGCAGAGCGUAUAAGAAAAACCUUCCCCGAGCUGAAAAGCAUCUGGCUUUCUACUGAAAUGCAGGAGGUCAUUGAUAAAACGCGGAUGUAUCCCCACUGGAAGUUUUACUACACAAACGUCACCCGACAAGUGGGAAACAUCACAAUGGCAACUUAUGAAGCCAGUCUCGGCAGGGAAGUUAGCACGAACUAUCCUCUUGUCAAUUUCUUGAUGGCCACCGAAGCUGAUUUCUUCACCGGGGCGCUGGGAUCAACUUGGAGCUAUCUCAUCGAUGGCAUGAGGAACACCGGGGGAAAAGUCAUGUCUGGAUACUUAAGCGUUAACAAAGACCGGUUUUGGUAGCGCCAUGAAAGAUAACUCUCAAGUUUUCAGCACAGCACAUUUUGUUGGAGCAGUUGCUUGCUGGUUAUCUAUCAUCUAUGCAUUAGCCAAAAUGAGAUAAGAGGCAACAGAAAGGUACAUAUUGUAAAGUAUUAACAAUGAUAUUUUUACCUGUAAAAAGUUUCUUACAUAUGUAGUUAUGUAUCAAUGUAUCAUCAUGUUUAAGUACUUAUAUAAUUUAUGUAUAAAAGUUCCCUGCAAAUUCAAAGA